UUUUAAAAGAUUGGGGAAAUUGGGUCCCGCGUUGUGAAUCCAAGUGACGUAACAGUCAGACGCGACGCGUUUGCUUCCCACCACCAACGCCCCUCAACAUACAUCGUUACUUUCGGCCACCCUCUUCUUCCCCGGCCUUUUCCCCUGUCUCCGACUCUUUGAUCAACCGUUCCGUCGCCGGCGAUGGCAUGGUUACAAUCAAAUCGCAGAGUCCAGAUUCCUACCCAACCGCGAGCCCAAGCCCGACCUGUCCUUGACGAAGACGAACCGAUCGCUAACGACGACGAAGUUGCAGAAAGUUUAAAUCUGAAGUCCACGGAUAGAAACGUCACGGAAGAUCAAAAUAGAGAUCCUUUCAUGGGAGUAAAGGUCCGUAGAAAAGCUUCCUUUCACAGAGACUACAUCGGCGAUUACCUUGACGUGCCGUCUCAACCUUAUCUCAUGAAGAUUCUAGAAAAACAAGGUGACAAAAAAGUUCUUUUUGCAGACAAGGUUUUGAAGUUCACAAGUUCAGGAAAGAUGAAGCGGCGCAUUCUUCUUAUGACUGAUUUUGCCAUUUACAUUGUAGACCCAGACAUUGAUGCACUUAAAAGGCGGAUUGCUCUGGCAGCCGUUGAAAAGCUCUGUUUGAGUGAACUAAGUGAUAAUUUCUUAGCAAUAAUUAUCCCAACUGAGUAUGAUCUACUGAUGGCCAGUACCCGGAAGACGGAAAUUGUAACCGUCUUAGUAGACGCUACCAAGAGUCAAUCCGACUACGAACUUGAGGUACUACUCUCUAAUAGGUUUGAGUACAAUGCAACUUCUGAACUAGUAAAAGAAAUUGACUUUGAGGAAACUGAAGGGGGUGUGAGAACAAGAAUUGUGCGAAAGUGAGUUGCACCUUUGCAUGUUGGUCUGACAACAUGAACUGCUAGUGCACUAGAAUGCCUGCAACUGUCCAUCUUGCCAUUCCCAAGGAGGAACCAGCUUGUAUCAUUGCUUGUAUAAAGGUGAUUGUCCUUCUAUAGAGAAUUGGAUUGAUUAAAUUGAUUUUUUCAUCUCGUUCAGCUGGUUUUCUUUGCUCUUGUUUAUGCCUGCUUAUUCAUUAUGUAGCUCGUUGCCUUCAUGUAAAUCUUUUAACUCGUUUCUUUUAUUUGUUUUUGUUCAACUGCAAUUUUUUUAAACGGAAUCAGUCAUAUUUACCCAUCUA